CCUCACACAGUUCAAUGCUAGUGGGCUGUCAGAUUGAAAUAAUGUGAUUAUCACGAGGCAGGUAGGGAUGGGAUAGGUUGGCAGGCUUGUUUGACCACGCCCCCCGGAGAGGGUCUCCACAAAUAACUGGGUCCUUCUCCCUCCUGCAACUUGCAGACCUGCAGCCUCCUCUGGUCCUUCUCCACAACAGGAGCAUGGAUCCAAAUGUUUGGAGUGAAGGCAUGUAUUCUUCCAGCAACAUCUGCCUUGACGGCUGCACUGUAGAGCAUCUCUCCUCUUUUCAACCCGACCCUGUGCCUUCCUCCGAUUCAGAUGCAUCGGGUGUUUCUUUGACUUUUCACCGAGACAGCGAGAACACGGCGAUGCUACCUGAGAGUUAUUACAGGGGGGCCGGCGCAAGUUUGAUCUGCUCGAGCCCACUGGAGCUCAAUCUACCCAGAGACAGCUCCACGAGAAGGCACCCAUCUCCAGCAUCCAGUUCUUGUGGUCACAAUGACUGGAAUCUAAGCAGUGGCCAUCAAGCAAAGCGUGCCAGAGUAGAAAAUAUCAUCAAAGGCAUGACCUGCUCUCCUGAUGUGACCACAAAUCAGCAUGAGCAGACAGACGGCUCGCAUGAAAGUGAAAGGAUUCGAGAGCUGUCUUUACAUCAGGAGCACAUGGAAGGAAGUGGAUCUGGCAGCUUGAGUCACAGCCAGACAACAAGAAAGCAGCUUGACAGUGAGGAGGAGAAAACCUGGAGCAAUUCUCCCAACACAUCCCCAAGGGACACGUUCGAAGAUUCACACAGGGAGUUUGAGAGCAGCUCAGGUCGAAAACAUCAAGGCUGGAAGAAGGUGAAGCUGCUGAGCUACUUCCAAUCCAGACCUGAGAGAAUUAAGCUAAUGGCAGAUGUUUUAAAGUAUGAACUGUCCAGAGCCGUCAGCAGGAGUGUUGACUCGGUUUUUAAAAGCAUGCAGCUUCUACAGGCAUCGCCAGACAACGAGAGUGUGGAGACUGAAGUGCCUCUUCAGUCAUCAGGGUCUAACGAGAAAAAAAUAAGACUUUCAUUUGGCGGGAAUGCAGAGGUGCAAGUCCCAGAUGUCCAAACCGAAGCACUGUCUCUGGUUGUACAAAAGCCUCGGCUGGAAAGAUCCGACAAGCUCAUCCUCCAGCCCAGGUCGAGAGCUCACCAUCGUCCGAAACCCCCGGCGUCCUUCAGUCAUGACCCAGCUCUAUGCAACGAUCAGCCGUCACAGAAGACUGACAACCCUGCCCGUCAACAUGCCCUUAGGUGGUUGCGAGACGGAGGCUCUGAAGCUGGCCAAGCAAAGUUUGAGAUGUUCGACGCACAUUGGACUUCUGUCAAAGUGAGAUCCAAGGUCAACUCCCGAUCUGCGAGGAGCCCACUGCCUCGGUCUGCGUCUGUGGAUCCGAGGCUUGUAGAAAGCCUGCGCUUUCCUCACGUCAAGAUCGAGUCUGACAGCCUGGUCAAGAACAACCUGUACAUGCUGAAUGAGGGUCUCACUACAAACCACCUGAAGAAAGCAAAGCUCAUGUUCUUCUACACUCGCUACCCGAGCUCACUGGUACUGAAGAUGUGUUUCCAUGAUGUGCAGUUCACGCGCUGCAUCACUUCCCAGCUCAUCAAGUGGUUCAGCAACUUCAGAGAGUUCUACUACAUCCAGAUAGAAAAGUUUGCCCGCCAUGCCCUCGCGGAAGGAGUGGCCGAUGUGAGGGGUCUGACUGUGGGGAGAGAAUCAGAACUUUUCAGAUCUCUCAACAUGCACUACAACAAAGCCAAUGACUUCCAGGUCCCUGACAGAUUCCUUGAGGUUGCCGAGGUUACACAGAGAGAAUUUUACAUUGCCAUUUCAAUGGGCAAAGAUCGUGAUCCAUCCUGGAAGAAAGCGAUCUACAAGGUGAUCUGUAAACUGGACAGUGACAUGCCGACAGAAUUCAAAAGUCAUCACUCUGGAUGAGCGCCAACAAGAACCUGGACUUACUCAUGCCUUAAUGAUCAAGCCAUGUUGUUUCCAAUGAUUGAGCACACUAUAUUGUAAAUCAGACAAGGGUAAGUGAAGUAACCGUGGCAGACCAGCUGCGUUUAUUUUAACAAUUGGCUCCUUUUGUUGCAUCAUGAGCUAGUUUGAAAUAUGUAUUUUUGCUAUAUCAGUCAUAUUCUAUAGCAAUGAUACAAAUUUUGUACAAUCGUGAAUUUGUUUUAUCAAAAUGCUACAGAAAACAUGUUCUCAGGUUUUUUUUCUUAAAUAAUCACAAAAUAAGGUCCACACCACAUCAGAGAAAAGAUAUUUAAUAUUCAGCAGAACUCAUUGUCCUUAUAUGUAUUUACAAGAUAUGUAAAAUGGAAAUUACACAAAUUUCAGAAUGACUGAAUCAUUUAAUACCUCACCCAGUCCUUAUGAACUGUGAAAGUACUUCUUUCGCUCUUCUAUACUUACCAAAUGGCUCCAUUCACCCACUUUCCCAAUCAUAAUGUGGUUGUCUGUCCAUAGAAUAUUAAUGAUCAUCUUCAUCAGCAGCGCAGUGUUUUCACUGGUAACUGAUCCUUGCUUUGUCUUCAGUGUUGAUUCUCCAGAUCAAAAUUUCUGAUGUGUGAAAAUUCAGGAUUUUCUGGUGCAAAAUUUUGCAGACGUUUAAUUAAUGAAGUAGAAAAAAGUAAAUCUACUCAUAUUGCCAUUUAUGAACCUCGAUAAUGACACUAAAUGAGACUGAAUAGGAUUCUUUCUAAUAUUUUUAUGCAAUGUGCACAUAGGCAUUUGCACUGACCACUUUUGUUUGAAAUGGAAAACUAACAAUAAUGUGCCACUGUGUGAUUAAUGUUAAAUAGGGUUCAAAGAUAAAUUUAUCGUGUUGUUUUCUGCUCGAUUAAAGGUGUAACCGACACUUUGGUCAUAUGUAUGUCAACGAAAACAAAA